UCUCCUUCUGCCUAGUGUCUGUGAGCUCCAAUUUCUGUCAGCCCAGCCUGUGUCUCUCUCUCUUACUCACAGUCUGUCUCACUGAGUCUCACCCUCUCCAGCAGCCAUGAAAACUUCCAGGCAAACCACCUACUCUGUGCGGUCCUCCACCAGCAGCAGCAGGCCCGCUGCUGCCGUUUCCCUCACCCGCAGCUCUGCUCCUGUCUACAGGGCCUCCAGCAUUCACGGCGGGGCCGGCGGCUCCCGCAUCAGCGUGUCCUCUGGAUUCAGGGGCUCCCUGGGGGCCGGGAUGGGGGUGGGCUCCGGGGCGGGGGGCUUCUCCAGCGGCGUCCAGGUGAGCGGGAACAGCGCCGACAUCAUGGGCAACGAGAAGUUUGCCAUGCAGAACCUGAACGACCGCCUGGCCAACUACCUGGAGACGGUGAGGAACCUGGAGCAGGCCAACCACAAGCUGGAGAUCAAGAUCAAGGAGGCCCUGGAGAAGAGCGGCCCCGACUUUAAAGACUACAGCAAGUACCAGGCCGUUGUGGACGACCUGAGGAGGAAGGUGUUUGAUUCCACCCUCGACAAUGCCCGCCUGGUCCUCAACAUCGACAACGCUCGGCUGGCGGCCGAUGACUUCAGAGUGAAGUAUGAGUCCGAGCUCGCCAUUCGCCAGUCCGUGGAGGCCGACAUCGUCGGGCUGAGGAAACUCAUCGACGACACCAACCUGAGCCGCAUGAAUCUGGAGAGCGAGAUCGAAACCCUGAAGGAGGAGCUCAUCCACCUCAAGAAGAACCACGAAAAUGAAGUCAUGGAGCUUCGUAACCAGAUUGCCCAGUCCGGAGUCCACGUGGACGUUGACGCUCCUAAGGGUCAGGAUCUGGCUCAGAUCAUGGCAGAAAUUAGGGCCAAGUACGAAAAGAUGGCGCUGAAGAACCAGGAGGAACUCAAAGCAUGGCACGAGUCUCAGAUAACAGAAGUCCAGACCCAGGUGAGCCAAAACACAGAGGCCCUGAAGGGUGCACACACAGAGGUGAACGACCUCCGCAGACAACUGCAAACCCUCGAGAUCGAACUGGAGUCCCAGAAGAGCCUGAAAGCCUCCAUGGAGGGAUCGCUGAGGGACACCGAGCUGCGGUACAACAUGGAGAUCGAGUCGCUCAACUCCAUCCUCAUGGGUCUGGAGGCGGAGCUCACACAGCUGCGUAACAACAUCCAGCUGCAGACACAGGACUACGAGGCCCUCCUCAACACCAAGAUGAAGCUGGAGGCCGAGAUCGCCACAUACAGACGGCUCCUGGACGGGGAAGAUUUCAAGCUCCAGGACGCUCUGGAGGUGGAGAAGACGGUGAAGACCAAAGUGAUGACAGUCACACAGACGCUGGUGGAUGGCAAAGUGGUCUCCUCCAGCACAGAGACCAAGCAGCUUUAAGCCCCAGAAGCAUCGGACGGACUCCAUGACUUUAUCAGACCGGUCUCCCUCUUCAGUAACACCGCACUAACCAUAAGACAGAUGUUUCCCCUGUUAGUCAGACUUCCUGGGUUCCAGCUGUUCCACAGGCAAUUGAAAAACUAGAUCAAAGGGAAACAAACGCGUAUUUUAUUUAUUUCAUCGAGGUUUAUUUAUGCCAGUGCGUGCUGACCUACCUACAUGUGCAAAUGUUCAGAAUUGGAGGAGUGUAAGCUUUCCUUUUUCAGCCAAACUAAUUGAGUGUUUCAACAAAAACAAGUCUAAUUUACUGCAAUUUAUCGAAGACAGUUAUAUGUAUCAUUCCUCGUUGUUUGUUUCCCUUUUGUCCAGUCGAGUC